GAAGAAUAACGGACACUGAAGCGCAACAAAGCAACUGACGUUUACGCGCAUUACGUUUUUGUCCGUUCCUUGACUUUUGACUAUUUAGUUAACUUACUUGAAAAAGAUUUCAGUGUUGUUAAAGUUUAUUUGUUUUUAGAAGAAUACUUUACAAUGAUGCAUCUAUGGGUUUCAUGCGCUUUCCUGAUCCUGGUGCCGCUGCUGUGCGACGCGCACAUCUCCAAGCGUUACGUGAUCGGUUGUCCGGACCGAUGCGACAAGAGUCUGUGUCCGCCCGUACCGGCCAGCUGUAUGGCCGGAGACAUCCUGGACCAGUGCGACUGCUGUCCGGUGUGCGCGUCCGGUGAGGACGAGCCAUGUGGCGGCACGGGGAAACUUGGAGACCCGGAGUGCGGAGAAGGUCUGGAGUGCGUGGUGUCUGACGGGGUCGGAUCCACAGCCACGGUGAGGAGGAGAGGAAAGAGCGGCGUGUGCGUGUGUAAGAACCCGGAUCCCGUGUGCGGCAGUGAUGGGGUCUCAUACAGGAACAUCUGCGAACUCAAGAGAGUCAGCAACCGGGCGCAGAAACUCCAACAGCCGCCUAUCAUCUUCAUCCAGAGGGGAGCCUGUGGCAAAGGUCACAAGGAGAAUCCAGACAGUCUCCGGCACAAAUAUAACUUCAUUGCUGAUGUGGUGGAGAAGAUCGCUCCAGCUGUGGUUCACAUUGAGCUGUUUCGCAAGAUGGCUUUUUCUAAGCGGGAGGUGGCAGUGGCCAGUGGCUCUGGAUUCGUGGUGUCUGAAGACGGUCUGAUUGUAACUAAUGCUCAUGUGGUGGCCAACAAGCAUCGGGUGAAGGUCGAGCUGAAGACCGGCGCCACUUACGAUGCCAAGAUCAAAGAUGUGGAUGAGAAAGCCGAUAUCGCUCUCAUCAAGAUAGACGCUCCAAUAAAACUUCCAGUGCUGUUGUUGGGCAGAUCAGCUGAUCUGAGACCAGGCGAGUUUGUGGUCGCUAUCGGCAGUCCCUUCUCUCUUCAGAACACAGUGACCACAGGCAUCGUCAGUACAACUCAGAGAGGCGGUAAAGAACUGGGUCUGCGUAAUUCAGACAUGGACUACAUUCAAACGGAUGCUAUUAUCAAUUACGGUAAUUCGGGAGGACCUCUUGUAAACUUGGAUGGCGAAGUGAUUGGAAUCAACACGCUAAAGGUGACGGCGGGAAUUUCUUUCGCCAUUCCUUCUGACAAGAUCCGACAAUUCCUGGCUGAGUCGCAUGACAGACAAGCUAAAGGAAAAAUAGCCACAAAGAAGAAGUAUAUUGGUGUUAGGAUGAUGACGCUUACCCCAACACUUGCUAAGGAGCUAAAGGAAAGACAGAGCGAUUUCCCAGAUGUGACCUCUGGAGCUUACGUCAUUGAAGUCAUCCCAAAAACACCUGCUGAAGUGGGUGGUCUGAAGGAGAGCGAUGUCAUAAUCAGCAUCAACAGUCAGAGGAUCGCGUCAGCCAGCGACGUCAGCGCGGCCAUCAAGAAAGACGAGAAUUUGAGGACAGUGGUGAGACGAGGCAAUGAGGACAUCAUCCUCAACAUCAAACCAGAGGAGAUUGACCCUUGACCUCCCUAACGUUCACCAGUGAGCUGGAUCUCAGACUUUGACUGUGUGUGUGUGCGUGCACAGCAUCACUCGUUCUAGAAUCUGUAGUAAAUACUUUCACACCCCAAAUUAAUCACUUAAGACAGGAGAUUACUACCCUUUUUCCAAUUAUUCAUUAGUGUAUAUUGUACUGUUUUAAAAAAAAGCCCUUUGUAAAUAUGAGAGGUAAAGUUUAGUAACAAACAUUUCAAUGCAUAAAUGUAUAUCAAAGUAUAUUUGGUUCUUACGUAUUCAUCAGCAAGGCAAUGAUUUCAUCAUAUUUUUACAUUCAAACCUUAAACUUGACUUUUAGAGUGCAACAGUCUGAUCCAGAAGUAAAUAUCUUUGUUUUCUCUGUAGAGAAAUGGAUUUUUAGUGAUGAUGCAUCUUUUAGCAUACAGUCCUAUAAGCUUUGGUGUUAUAAAUCAUGAUAUUUGCUUUUGUACAAUAUACAUUUCAAUGUAGUUUCAACUUCAUUUUGAAAAAUUGAUGUUUAAUGGACAAUAGUUACACUAUUCGAAGUGAUCCACUAAUUAAAUAAAUUACAGCUUACACAUAAAUCACAAAAUAGUGGAUGUAAAUCGAAACUUUAUUUGAGUAACGCUCUCUAUAAAUCCCAGCUACUUAUAUAUUCACAUAUAGUUUCAUAGAUAACACUUCACAAUAAGAUUGUAUUUGUUAACAUUAGUACUGUAAAUGCAUUAGCUAACAAUUAACAAUUUAAUGUUUCAACAUUUAUUAAUGUUAGUUAAUGCCAAAACAAUUGUGUAUUAACUAAUGUUAACAGUUACAACUUGAUUUUAAAAACGUAUUCAAAUUAACAUGAACUAAGAUAAUAAAAUAAUAAAUGCUGUAUUUUUUUAUUGUCCAUGUUAGCUAAUGAUGCAUUAACUAAUGUUAACAAAUAGCCUUGUUGUAAAGUGUUAUUUUUUAAAUAUUUUUAUUCUGUUAUUUUACUGGGUUUAAGUACACCUCAGGUUUUAUAACUUUUACUUUAAAUAAAGUUUUGUAAUACUGCGAUUGAAGAUAAUAAAUGUAAAACAUACUUCUGGACUGAAUUGUGGGCAGAUGUGAAACCAUUGGAGAAUAUCUGAAUAUUAUCUUUAAAUCCCUUCACUUCCUUAAUGUUUUGUGUCUGUGUGUUUGUCAGACGCUAAUUUCAGAAAUGGAAUUAAAGAAGGGUAAUAUUUUUAACCUGUUUCAAAUUUCUGGUGUUUGACUAUACUAUACUAUACAAUGCAAUACAAUACAAUACAAUACAAUACAAUACAAGACCCUUUCUGUGAAAUCCAGAUUAAAGUCUCCUAAUCUAUUGAUAAGAUUUGGAGCAUCAAAGUUUGAUUAAUCUGUGACAUGAUCUUAUUCAGUCAAUGUUAAAGAUAUCAAGGUUAUGUUUUUACAGAAUGUACUUUACAUUAUGUAGAAUGAUUUUAUGUAACAGUGAAUUACAAAAAAAAUGACUUUAGCUGGUAGGGUCACACAUACAUCAAAUGCAUUUUCCAAGGUUGCCAAUAUAAGGCAAACUCAACCACCAAACAAAUCACAUAUAAAACCAUACAAUAACCAGA